AUGGAAGAGGCUCUUACUCUAGGAAGUCUAGUGUGGGACAAGAAAACAAUUAGAGAAUGGCAAGAUGUCCUUAAUAGUAAGAUAUGGGAGUUAGAAGAAUUUGAGGAACAAGCAUUUCAGCCAUUAUUAUUAAGUUAUUAUGAUUUGGCUCCUGUAGUUAAAAGAUGUCUGUUGUACUGUGCAAUAUUUCCUAAAGACUACAAGUUAAAGAAAUAUAGGUUGAUUGAGCUCUGGAUGUCACAAAAUUUCGUUAUUUCAAAUAAAAAUAAAAAUAAGAGAAGAAUAGGCCAAGAUUGUUUUGAGAGUCUAGCAAUGCGGUCUUUUCUUCAAGAUUUUGAGAGAGAUGAGUUCGGAGAUAUUGUAAUGUGCAAAAUGCAUGAUAUUGUGCAUGACUUUGUGCAGUUUCUUACCCAAAAAGAAUGCAAAAUUGUAGAGGGUAAUGAAAAAAUGGAGGUACUUGGUGGUAAGGUUCGUCACUUGACUUUAACCAGUGUACCCUAUGGUGAAUUUUCAUUUCCUGCCUCAUUUUACAAUUGCGAAAAUGUGCGUACCCUCACAUUUUUUGAUUCAAAACUUGAAACCAUAAGCCGCGAUUCAAUGCUGCAAUUGAAAUGCCUCAGGACAUUGAGAUUGGGUGGUAACCGAUGGCUCAAAGAAGUUCCGAAAGAGAUUGGUGGUUUGAUUCAUUUGCGAUAUCUAGAUUUGUCUUGGAGUGAGAGUUUGAAAGAAAUACCGGAAGCUGUGUGUGAGUGUAUAAAUCUACAAACUCUGGAUCUUAGAAAGUGCAUGGGACUUGAGAAACUACCCAAGGCAAUGGGGAAGUUGAUCAACUUGAAGCAUCUCUGUGUUUGGGGUUGUUCUAGGUUGAGGUACUUACCCAAAGGGAUUGGGAGUUUGAAAAGGCUGCAAUCAUUAAACUGGUUUAUUAUAUGUGUGGGUGAGGAUGUUGAAGCAAUGAAAUUAGGGGAUCUGGGAAGCAUGAACCAGCUUCAGGGGAGCCUUUGGAUCAGAGGACUGGGGGAAAAAGAUGAUGAUGCAAGUGAGAUUGAGAAAGCACAGCUGGGGAAGAAGGAGCACCUUUCUCGUAUAGGAGUAGAUUUCCAGGGAGGAUUGCAGAGAAAAGGUGAGUCCGAAAUAGUGAAAGCAAUUCAACCACAUCCAAAUUUGGAAUAUUUAGGGAUUUGGAGAUGUCAUAUUCUCACUGCCGAGUCUCUAUAUUGGAUCAACUCCUUACACAAUUUGAGACGAGUUAGUCUCUAUGACUGGGAAUUUUGUGAAGUUUUGCCUCCUCUUGGAAAAUUGCCAUCGCUUGAAUCUCUGGAGAUCCAAAGGAUGAAGAAAGUGAAGAAGGUGGAAGUUGAUUUUCUGGCAAGAGAAGAAGAAGAAGAAGUCUCUGAAACAAAAAUUCUAUUUUCCAAAUUGAAGCGACUCUCUUUUGCGGGAUUGGAGAACUGGGAAGAGUGGGAAGGAAUAACAAAGGUGGAUUCUUCUGAAAUCACAAUCAUGCCACGCCUUUCUGAGUUAACAAUUCUACGCUGCCCAAAGCUCAAAGCACUGCCUGGCUUCCUCUACAAGAUAGCAGCCUUGCAAACUCUGACGAUCUUGGACUGUGAUAUUCUGGCAAGAGAAUACGAGAAAGGCGUGGGGAAGGAGUGGCACAACAUUUCUCACAUCCAAAACCUCACAAUUUGUUAAUCUGAUGAACAUGUGGGAUUUUCAUUAUGUAAAAUUUCAAAUUUCACUCAACCGCCUCUUCCUUCAUCUUCACCGCAAUUGAAGUUUCCUUUGACGGGUUCGUGCUCCAUCUCUUUACUUGAUGUGCUUCCGAGUGAUGCGCUUCAUUGUCCACACUGCAUGCAUUCAGCCUGGUGAGUGUAUCUAGGUGAAGGGAUUAUAUUUGAAGAUGCAAAAUCAGUUCAUGGUAAUGGUGGUUAUACAGAUGGAGCUUCAUGAUACUGUAGGCUCGGCACCUCCAUGAAUGCGUUGCAGCUUUGGAGCUGCAUGAUUCUGUUGGAGUGGUUGAACCGUUGAAGUCUCUCGUGGAAUUGCACUGAUUGGAAUUUGGGAAGCUAUUCUUGACUUGGUUAAUGAUGAAGAUUUUUAUUUCCAAAAUUUGUACUGCAAUGCCACUGAUGGAGCAGAUGUUAAGUGGACGCAGGAGUUAUAAUAACCAGGGGCCAACUACAGUAAUUACAAGGUUUGAUCUCGCUUGUUAUCAUUUUCUUUUACAAGAUUGGUAUGUCCUUUCCGGCUGCAUGGACUCUAUCCUUUGUAAGUGUGUUUACAGAGGGUUGUACAAAAGUCUACAACUAACUUUUAUGCAGGAGGCUAGGGAAUAUCAGGUGUACACCAUAACAAAAUUUGGUACAUAUCAGGAUUGGAAGAAACCUCAAAAGACUAUAGUGAGAACAGAAUUGAAGUUUUAUAAAUUAUUAUAUAAGAAACCUGACAAGACCGAAGUCAUCCUCAAGCUUAUUUAGUUGACGUGAGGACAGAUUUGAAGCUUCUAGGACUAAGAAAGUCUUUGGAGUUGUCAAGUUUAUUUAUAUAUGUACCUCAUUCUGAUUCUUUCACUGCUUGUCCUCUGCAGUAG